AUGGGCCUGGCGAGGCCCGCGCUGCUGCUGCUGCUGUUGCUUUCUGGCGGCGCCUUGGCCCAAGACGAAGUACUGGAAAAUGUCAGCCCGAGCUGUCCAAAAGAUGCAACUCGAUUCAAGCACCUCAGGAAGUAUGUUUACAGCUAUGAGGCUGAGAGUUCCAGUGGAGUCCCUGGGACUGCUGAUUCAAGAAGUGCCACCAAGAUCAACUGCAAGGUCGAGCUAGAGGUCCCCCAACUCUGUAACUUCAUCCUGAAGACAAGUCAGUGUACCCUGAAAGAGGAAUAUGGCAUCAACCCUGAGGGCAAGGUCUUGCUAAAGAAGACCAAGAACUCUGAGGAGUUUUCUACCGCCAUGUCCAAGUAUGAGCUGAGGCUGACCGUUCCUGAAGGGAAGCAGGUUUUACUUUACCCAGAGAAGGAUGAACCCAAACACAUCCUGAACAUCAAGAGGGGCAUCAUUUCUGCCCUUCUGGUUCCUCCAGAGGCAGGAGAUGCCAGUCGAGUGUUGUUUCUGGAUACUGUAUAUGGAAACUGCUCCAGUGACUUCACUGUUAAAAGAAAGAUGGGGAAUGUGGCAACAGAGAUAUCCAUUGAACGAAACUUGGAGAAGUGUGAUCACUUCAAGCCCAUUAGCACAGGCGUUAGCCCACUUGCUUUCAUCAAAGGCAUGGUCCGUCCCUUAUCAAGUCUGAUCAGCAGCAGUCAGUCCUGCCAGUACACCCUGGACUCCAGGAGGAAGCAUGUGUCAGAAGCAAUUUGCAAAGAGCAACACCUCUUCCUACCUUUCUCCUACAAGAAUAAAUACGGAAUGAUGACACAUGUUACACAGUCUUUGAAACUUGAAGACACACCUAAGAUCAACAGUCGCUUCUUUGAUCAAGGUGGCGAGAAAGUGGGCCUUGCCUUUGAGAGCACCAAGUCCACAUCACCUCCAAGGCAGGCCGAAGCCGUUUUGAAGACCCUCCAGGAACUGCAAAAACUGUCCAUUUCUGAGAAGAAUGCCCAGAGACCUAACCUCUUCAAUAAACUGGUCACUGAGCUUAGAGGCCUCAACAAUGAGGCAGUUGCAUCCCUCUUGCCAAGGCUGAUCGAGAUAUCCAGUCCCAUCACUUUACAAGCCUUGGUUCAGUGUGGACAGCCCCAGUGUUACACUCAUAUUCUCCAGUGGCUAAAAAAUGAGAAAGCCAAUCCCCUUCUGAUAGAUGUUGUAACCUACCUGAUGGCUCUAAUCCCAGAGCCUUCUGCAGAGAGGGUACGAGAGAUCUUCAACACAGCGAAGGAGCAGCAGAGCCGAGCCACCUUAUAUGCCCUGAGCCAUGUGGUCAACAACUAUCAUAAGAUAAACCCGCAGGUGACCCAGAUCCUGUUGGACAUUGUAGAUUACCUGUUGACACAGAUUCGUGAUGACUGCACUGGGGACCAAGAUCACACCUACUUGAUUCUAAGGGUCAUUGGAAAUAUGGGCAGAACAAUGGAACAAGUGAGCCCAAGCCUCAAGUCUUCAAUCCUGAAAUGCAUCAGAAGUACAGAACCAUCACGGCUGAUUCAGAAAGCUGCUAUCCAGGCCUUGCGAAAAAUGAGCUCUAAUGAAGAGGUCCAGGGAGCCCUUCUUCAGGCUUUCCUUGAUGGUGUUUCUCCAGUGGACAAGCGACUGGCUGCCUAUCUCAUACUGAUGAGGGCGCCUUCCCAGUCAGAUAUUAACAGAAUUGCCCAACAUCUCCCAUGGGAACGCAAUGAGCAAGUGAAGAAUUUUGUGGCUUCCCACAUUGCCAACAUCUUAACCUCAGAAGAAUUGUAUAUCCAAGAUCUGAAAACGUUAGUGGAAGAAGCUCUAAAAGGACUUCAGCUUCCAACCAUCAUGGAUUUCAAAAAAUUUUCCCGAAACUAUCACUUUUCCAAAUCUGUUUCCCUUCCAUCAGUUGGCCCAGUCUCAGCCAAAAUUGAAGGGAAUCUUGUAUUUGAUCCAAAUAAUUACCUUCCUAAAGAAAGCAUGCUGAAAACCACCCUCACUAUCUUCGGAUUUUCUGCAGCUGAUCUCUUCGAGAUUGGUUUGGAAGGAAAGAGCUUUGAGCCAACAUUGGAAGCUCUCUUUGGGAAACAAGGAUUUUUUCCAGACAGUGUCAACAAGGCUUUGUACUGGGUUGAUGGCCAAGUUCCUCAUCAGGUCUCUAAGGUCUUGGUGGACCACUUUGGCUACACCAAAGAUGAUAAACAUGAGCAGGACAUGGUAAAUGGAAUUAUGCUCAAUGUUGAAAAGCUGAUCAAAGAUUUGAAGUCCAAAGAAGUCCCAGAAGCCAGAGCCUACCUUCGCAUCUUGGGAGAGGAGCUUGGCUUUGUCAGUCUCAAGGACCUACAGCUCCUGGGACAGCUGCUGCUUAAUGGGAUUCGCACUCUCCAGGGGAUCCCCCAAAUGAUCAGAGACGCCAUAAGGAAAGGUUCGAAGAACGACUUGUUCCUUCACUAUAUCUUCAUGGACAAUGCCUUUGAGCUUCCCACUGGAGCUGGAUUGCAGUUGCAAGUAUCUUCAUCUGGAGUCAUCACUCCUGGAACCAAAGCUGGAGUGAAACUUGAAGUAGCCAAUAUGCAGGCCGAACUGGUGGCAAAGCCCUCUGUGUCAGUGGAGUUUGUGACAAAUAUGGGCAUCGUUAUUCCGGACUUUGCUAGGAGUGGAGUCCAAAUGAACACCAACUUCUUCCAUGAGUCAGGCCUGGAGGCUCAUGUUGCCCUGAAGGCUAGGCAGCUGAAGUUCAUUGUUCCUUCACCAAAGAGACCAGUCAAGCUGUUCAGUGGCAGUAACACACUGCAUUUGGUCUCUACCACAAAAACGGAAGUGAUUCUACCUUUGAUUGAGAAUAGGCGAUCCUGGUCAACUUGCAAGCCUUUCUUUACCGGCCUGAACUACUGCACAAUGGGUGCUUACUCCAACGCCAGCUCCAUAGACUCUGCCUCCUACUAUCCACUGACCGGGGACACCAGAUUUGAACUGGAACUGAAACCAACAGGAGAAGUAGAGCAGUAUUCUGCCAGUGCAACCUAUGAACUUCAGAGAGAAGGCAGUGCAUUGGUGGACACACUGAAGUUUGUAACUCAGGCAGAAGGUGUGAAACAAACUGAGGCUACUAUGACAUUAACAUAUAACCGACAGAGUAUGACUUUGUCCAGUGAACUCCAAAUUCCAGAAUUUCAUGUUGACCUUGGGACAGUCCUCAGAGUUAGUGAUGAAUCUACUGAGGAAAAAAAGUCUUACAAGGUCACCUUGGACAUUCAGAACAAGAAAAUCACUGAGGUCACUCUUACUGGCCAUAUGAGUUAUGACCCAAAGGAAGAAGGUAAAAUCAAAGGUGUCAUUUCCAUGCCCCAUUUGCAAGCAGAAGCCAGAAGUGAGAUCCUGACCCACUGGUCCCCCACAAAACUGGUCCUGCAAAUGGACUCCUCUGCUACAGCUUAUGGCUCCACGAUUUCCAAGAAGGUGACGUGGCGUUAUGAUGAAGAGAAGAUGGAAUUUGAAUGGAACACUGGCACCAAUGUAGAUACAAAAAAAGUGGCUUUCAAUUUCCCCGUGGAUCUCUCUGUUAUUUCUAGAAGCUUACAUAUGUUUGCCAACAAGCUCUUGGAGCACAGAGUUCCUCAAACAGACAUGACUUUCUGGCACAUGGGUUCCAAAUUAAUAGUUGCAACAAACACAUGGCUUCAGGAGGCAUCUAAGGACCUUCCUUAUGUCCAGACUUUGCAAGAUCACCUCAACGGCCUAGAGGAGAUGAACCUACAGAAAAUGGGAUUUCCAGACUUGCACAUUCCAGAAAACCUGUUCUUAAGAAGUGAUGGCCGUGUCAAAUACACAUUGAACAAGAACAGUGUGAAAAUUGAGAUACCUUUGCCAUUUGGUGGCAAAUCCUCCAAAGAUCUAAAAAUCUUAGAGACUGUUCGGACACCAGCCCUCGACAUCAAGUCUGUGGGAUUCCAUCUGCCACCUCAAGAGUUCCGUAUCCCCACUUUUACCAUUCCCAAGUUGUAUCCACUGCGAGUACCUCUCUUGGGUGUUCUGGACCUGUCCACGAAUGUCUACAGCAACAUGUACAACUGGUCUGCCUCCUACACUGGAGGCAAUGUCAGCACAGAUCACUUCAGCCUGAAGGCUCAGUACCACAUGAAAGCUGACUCUGUGGUUGACCUGCUUUCCUACAGUGUGCAAGGAUCAGGAGAAACAACGUAUGACCACAGGAACACAUUCACAGUAUCAUAUGAUGGAUCAUUACACCACAAAUUUCUGGAUUCAAAUAUCAAAUUCAGUCAUGUAGAAAAAAAUGGAAACAGUCCAGCCUCAAAAGGUUUACUAACAUUUGGUGCAACUAGUGCCUGGGGACCACAGAUGUCUGCUUCAAUUCAUUUGGACACAAAAAGGAAACAGCAUAUUUAUGUGAAGGAAGUCAAGAUGGACGGGCAGUUCAAAGUCUCUUCAUUCUACACAAAAGGCAUUUUUGACCUGUCUUAUCAGAGGGAUCUUAACACAGGCCACCUAAGUGGAGAGUCCAACCUGAGGUUUAACUCCUCCUUUCUCCAUGGUACCAACCAGGUAAUGGGAAGAUAUGAAGAUGGAAUACUCACUUUCACUUCCACCUCAGACCUGCAAGGUGGCCUCCUUAAAAAUACAGCUUCCCUGAAAUAUGAGAACUAUGAGUUGAUUCUUAAAUCUGACACCAAUGGGAACUACAAGGAAUUUGCCACUUCCAGCAAGAUGGAUAUGACUUUCUCUAAGCAAAAUGCAUUGCUGCGUUCUGAGUAUCAGGCUGAUUACAAGGCACUGAGGCUCUUCACCCUGCUUUCUGGAUCACUCAGUUCCCGUGGUCUUGAAUUAAAUGCUGAUCUCUUGGGCACAGACAAAACUAACAGUGGUGCUCAUAAAGCAACACUAAGGAUUGGCCAAGAUGGAAUAUCUACUAGUGCAACUACCAACUUGAAGUAUAGCCCAUUGGUACUGGAGAAUGAGCUGAAUGCUGGGCUUGGCCUCUCUGGAGCUUCAAUGAAAUUAACAACAAAUGGUCGCUUCAGGGAACACAAUGCAAAACUCAGUCUAGAUGGAAAAGCUACCCUCACAGAGGUAUCCUUGGGCAGUGCUUAUCAAGCCAUGAUUCUGGGUGUCGACAGCAAAAACAUUUUCAACUUCAAAAUCAGCCAAGAAGGACUUAAGCUUUCAAAUGACAUGAUGGGCUCAUACAAUGAAAUGAAACUUGACUAUACGAACAGGCUAAACAUUGCAGGCUUAUCACUAGACUUCUCUUCAAAACUUGACAACAUUUAUAGUUCUGACAAGUUUUAUAAGCAAAAUUUUAAUUUACAGCUUCAGCCCUAUUCUCUUGUAACUACUUUAAACAAUGACCUGAAAUACAAUGAUCUGGAUCUGACCAACAAUGGGAAAUUACGGCUAGAACCCUUGAAGCUGAAUAUGGGUGGUAACAUAAAAGGAGCCUACCAAAAUAAUGAGAUAAAACACAUCUACACCAUUUCUUAUGCUGACUUAUCAGCAAGCUAUAAAGCAGACACAGUAGCUAAAGUUCAGGCUGUGGAGUUUAACCACCGGCUCAACACAAACAUCGCUGGGCUGGCUUCAGCCAUUGACAUCAGUACAAACUAUAAUUCAGACUCAUUGCAAUUCAGCAAUGUUUUCCGCUCUACAAUGGCGCCAUUUACAAUGACUAUUGAUGCACAUACUAAUGGCAAUGGAAAAUUUGUUCUCUGGGGGGAGCACACUGGACAGCUGUAUAGCAAAUUCCUGUUGAAAGCAGAACCUCUGGCCCUUACUUUCUCUCAUGAUUACAAAGGAUCCACAAGUCACCAUCUCAUGUCCAAGAGAAGCAUUGAUACUGCUCUUGAUCACAAAGUCAGUACCCUGCUUACUCCAGCUGAGCAGACAAGUACCUGGAAACUGAAGACCCAGCUGAACAAAAAUGAAUACAGUCAGGAUGUCGAGGCUUAUAACACUAAAGAUAAAGUAGGUGUGGAGCUUAGUGGGCGAGGCCUGGCUGACCUCACUGUGCUUGACUCACCUAUUAAAGUGCCGUUUUUGCUUAGUGACCCAAUCAAUGUAAUUGAUGCCUUAGGGAUGAGAGAUGUUGCUGACCAACCCCAAGAAUUUACUAUUGUUGCUUCUAUGAAGUAUGAUAAGAACCAAGAUGUUCACACCAUCAACCUCCCAUUGUUGAAAAUUCUGCCAGAAUAUUUUGAGAGAAAUCGAUUAGCAACUAUAGCUGUCCUAGAAAGCGUACAGAGAGAAUUGGAAAAAAUCAAUAUUAAUCAAUUUGCAAGAAAAUACAGAGCAGCCCUGGACAAAAUCCCACAGCAAGUUAAUGAUUAUCUGAACGCAUACAAUUGGGAGACACAUGUUACAAAUGCCAAGGAGAAACUAACUGCUUUCACAAAAAAUUACAGAAUUACAGCAAAUGAUAUACAAAUUGCAUUGGAUAAUGCCAAAAGCAACUUGAAUGAAAAGCUAUCUCAACUACAGACAUAUGUGAUACAAUUUGAUCAGUAUAUUAAAGAUAAUUAUGAUGUACAUAAUUUAAAAAUAGCUAUUGCUAAGAUCAUUGACCAAAUCAUUGAAAAAUUAAAAACUCUUGAUGAACGUUAUCAUAUCCAUGUAAAUUUAAUAAAAAUAAUUCAUGAUCUAUAUUUAUUUGUUGAAAAGAUUAAUUUUAACAAAACUGGAAGUAGUGUUAUGGGCUGGAUUCAACGUGUGGAAAGUAAAUAUCAAAUCAGACUACAGAUACAAGAAAAACUGCAACAGCUCAGAACACAGAUUGAGAACACAGACAUCCAAUACCUUGCCAAAAGGUUAAAACAACAGGUUGAGAUGACUGAUAUCAGAGUGCUCUUAGAUCGGGUGAGAACAACAAUUCCAAUUCAAAGAAUAAAUGACAUUAUUGAACGUGUCAAAUACUUUGUUAUAAAUCUUAUUGAAGAUUUUGAAGUAACUGAGAUCAUCAAUGCUUUUGGAGCCAAAGUUCAUGAGCUAAUUAAGAAAUAUCAAAUAAACCAACAAAUUCAGGUUUUAAUGGAUAAAUCGGUGCAGUUGGCCCACCAAUAUAAGUUAAAGGAAACUCUUCAGAAGCUAAGCAAUGCCUUAAAACAAGUUGAGAUAAAAGCUUACUUUGAGAAAUUGGUUGGGUGUAUUGAUGAUAAUGUCAAAAAGCUUAAAGCAUUGACUUUUGAAAAAUUUAUGGAAGAAGUAAACAGAUUCCUUGACAUGUUGAUAAAGAAAUUAAGGUCAUUUGAUUACAACCAGUUUGUGGAUGAAACCAACAACAAAAUCCAUGAAGUGACUCAGAGAAUCAAUGGUGGAAUCCAGGCCCUGGACCUACCACAGAAAGCUAAAGCCUUAAAGUUAUUUGCAGAGGAAGUCAAAACAGUGACUUCAGUCUAUCUGGAAGACCUAAAAGACACCAAAAUAACCUUGGUUCUUGAUUGGGUACAAGAUGCUUUCAGUUCAGCAUCUUUAAUUUACAUAAAAAACAAAUUCCAAGAGACCUUAGAAGAUCUACGAGACCGAUUAUAUCGCAUGGACAUUCAGCAGGAACUCCAGCGUUACCUAUCUCUGAUAAGCCACGUUUAUAGCACCUUUGUCACUUAUGUUUCUGACUGGUGGAUUCUUGCUGCUAAGAACCUUACUGACUUUGCAGAACAGUACUCUAUCCAAGACUGGGCUGAAAACCUAAAAAGACUGGUAGAACAGGGGUUCACAGUUCCUGAAAUACAGACCAUGUUUGGUUCUAUGCCUGCUUUUGAAGUAAGUCUUCGUGCUCUUAAAGAAGCCACAUUUCAGACUCCUGACUUCAUAGUACCUCUGACAGAUUUGAGAAUUCCAUCUGUUGAGAUAAACUUCAAAACACUGAAAGAUAUAAAAAUCCCAUCUAGGUUUACUGUGCCAGAAUUUACUGUGCUCAAUACCUUCCACAUUCUUUCCUUUACAAUUGACUUGGUAGAAAUUAAAGUAAAGCUCAUCAGAGCCAUUGACCAAAUGCUAUCCAGUGAGCUGCAGUGGCCUGUUCCAGAAGUGUACUUAAGGGAUUUGAAGGUGGCUGACACCCUUCUUGCUAGAAUCACUCUGCCAGACUUCUAUUUACCAGAAUUUACUAUUCCUGAAUUUGUGAUCCCAAAUCUCAACCUUAAAGAUUUUGAAGUUCCCACUCUACAAAUACCAGAAUUCCAGCUUCCCCAUAUCUCACACACAAUCCAAGUACCCACUUUUGGCAAGCUGUAUGGUAUUUUGAAAAUCCAAUCUCCACUUUUCACACUAGACUCAAAUACUGGUAUUCAGAAUGUAACCACUUCAGAGAACAAGGCAGAGAUUGUGGCUUCCUUUGUUGCCAAAGGAGAAUCCAAACUAGAACUUCUCAAUUUUGAUUUUCAAGCAAAUGCACGACUGUCAGACUUUGAGAUCAAUCCCAUGGUUGUGAAGGAAUCUGUGAAGGUUUCCAGCAGAUACCUCAAAACAGAACAUGAGAGUCAAGUGCUAUUUUAUGGAAAUGCUAUUGAGGGAAAAUCAGAGACAGUGGCAAGCUUACACACAGAAAAAAAUACACUGGAGCUUAGUAACAGUGUGCUUCUCAAGAUAAACCAACAGUUUACCCUGGACAGCAACACAAAGUACUUCCACAAACUGAACAUCCCCAAACUAGACUUUUCCAGUCAGGCUGACCUGCGCAAUGAAAUGAAGACCCUUUUGGAAGCUAGGCGUGUAGCAUGGACUUUUUCUGGAACAGGAUCAUGGAAAUGGGCCUGCCCCAAUUUCUCUGAUGAGGGAACACAUGAAUCACAAGUUAGCUUCACUGUAGAAGGACCUAUCACUUCCUUUGGUUUGUCCAGUAAGAUCAACAGUAAACACAUAAGAGUUAACCAAAGCUUAGUUUGUGAAUCUGGCUUCCUUGACUAUUCUAAAUUUGAAAUCCAGUCCCUAGUAGAAUCCCAGCAUGUAGGUCGUAGUGUCCUAACUGCCAAAGGCACAGCAUUGCUUGGAGAUAUGAAGGCUGGGAUAACUGGCAAUCAUGAUGCCCAUUUAAAUGGAAAGGUUAUUGGAACUCUGAAAAAUUCUCUUUUCUUUUCAGCACAGCCAUUCGAGAUUACGGCAUCUACAAACAAUGAAGGGAAUUUGAAAGUUAGUUUUCCGUUAAAGUUGACAGGCAAGAUCGACUUCCUGAAUAACUAUGCACUGCUUCUGAAUCCUAGUGUACAGCAAGCAAGUUGGCAAGCCAGUGCCAGGUUCAAUCAGUAUAAGUACAAUCAAAAUUUCUCUGCUGGAAACAAUGAGAACAGUAUGGAAGUCCACAUAGCAAUGGAUGGAGAAGCCAACCUGGAUUUCUUAAACAUUCCUUUAACAAUUCCGGAAAUGACUCUACCUUAUACAACAUUCACAACUCCUCAGGUGAAAGAUUUCUCCUUAUGGGAAAGAACAGGCUUGAAGGAAUUCUUGAGAACAACAAAGCAAUCAUUUGAUUUAAGUGUAAAGGCUCAGUAUAAGAAAAACAAAAAUAGACAUUCCAUCUCAAUUCCUCUGGAUGGGUUUUAUGACUUUAUCAGUCAGAACAUCAAAUCCUUCAACAAACAUUUUGAGAAAGGCAGAGACAAUGCAUUAGAUUUUCUUACCAAAUCCUAUAACACCAUUCAUGUGCCUAGGAGUCUUCACAAACUUUCCCUUCCAGAUUUCAAGGUACCAAGAAGUUCAAACAACAUUUUUAUUCCAGCCAUGGGAAAUAUUACCUAUGAUUUUUCCUUUAAAUCAAGCUUCAUCACACUGAAUACCAAUGCUGGACUUUAUAAUCAGGUCAAUAUUGUUGCUCAUUUCCUUUCCUCCUCUUCUUCCUUUAUUCAUGCACUGCAGUACAAAUUAGAGGGCACCUCAAGUUUAAUGAGGAAAAGGGGGUUGAAGUUAGCCACAGCUUUGUCUCUGAGUAACAAGUUUGUGGAAGGCAGUCAUGACAGUACCCUUAGCUUAACCAAGAAAAACAUGGAAGCAUCAGUGACAACAACCGCAAAAGUCCAGAUUCCAAUUUUGAGAAUGAAUUUCAAGCAAGAACUUAAUGGAAAUACCAAAUCAAAGCCUACUGUCUUUUCAGCCAUUGAGUUAAAAUAUGAUUUCAAUUGCCCAAAGCUGUCCUCUACUGCUAAAGGGGCAGUUGACCACAAGCUCAGCUUAGAAGGCCUUACCUCCUACUUUUCUAUUGAGUCAUCUACCAAAGGAGAUGUCAAGGGUUUGGUUCUUUCACAAGGAUAUUCAGGUUCUAUCACCAGUGAGGCCAACACAUAUUUGAAUUCCAAGGGCACUCGGUCGUCAGUGAAGCUGCAAGGGGCUUCCAAAGUUGAUGGUAUCUGGAACUUUGAAGUUAAUGAAAAUUUUGCUGGAGAAGCCACUCUCCAACGCUUAUAUGCCAUCUGGGAACACAAUACAAAAAACCUUUUAAGGAUUAAGGAUAUCUUUUUAACAUCUGGCGAGCAUACAAGCAAAGCUACUUUGGAACUCUCCAUGUGGAAAAUGUCAGCCCUUGUUCAGGUCCGUGCAAGCCAGCCCAAUUCCUUCCUUGAUAUCCCUUACUUUGGCCAGGAAGUAGUCCUGAAUGCUAACACUGGGAACCAGAAGGUCAGCUGGAAAAGUGAGGUCCAGAUUCAUUCUGGGUCUCUCCAGAACAAUGUACAGCUUUCCAGUGACCAAGAAGAAGCACGCCUUGACAUUGCAGGAUCAUUAGAAGGACACCUGUCAUUCCUCAAAGAAAUCGUCUUACCAGUUUAUGACAAGAGCUUAUGGGACCUCCUAAAGCUGGAUGUAACCACCAACAUUGGCAGGAGACAGUAUCUUCAUGCUUCAACUUCUCUUGUGUACACCAAAAACCCCAAAGGGUAUUACUUUUCUGUCCCUGUGCAAGAACUAGCCAAUGAAUUCAUUAUCCCUGGACUGAAACUAAAUGAUCCAAACUCAGUUCUUGUAAUUCCUACAUUCCAAGUCCCACUGACGAACCUUCAGGUUCCCUCAUACACCCUUGACUUUAGUGAAAUAAAAAUAAAAAAGAAGCUAAGUACUUUACCAUUUGACCUCCACAUGCCAACACUACCCAAAGUAAAAUUCCCCAAAGUUGAUGUGUUAACAAAAUAUUCUAAACCAGAAGACUCCUCAGUUCCCUUUUUUGAGGUAACUGUGCCUGAAUUGCACUUGAUUAUGUCACAGUUUACCCUUCCAAACAGUAUUUCAGUUGGCAGUAUUGUUUUGAACUUAAAUAAGGUGGCCAACAAGAUUGCAGACUUUGAUUUGCCAACGAUCACCAUGCCUGAGCAGACUAUUGAAAUUCCUUCCAUUAAGUUAUUUAUACCUACUGGAAUUUUCAUUCCUUCUUUUGGAUCACUUACUGCACGUUUUGGACUAGCCUCUCCCCUAUAUAAUACCACUUGGAGUGCUGGCUUGAAAAACAAAGGAGAUCACCUUGAAACAUUUCUGGAUACCACAUGCAGCUCAACCCUACAGUUCCUGGAAUAUGAUCUAAAUAUUGUGGGAACACACAAGUUUGAAGAUGAUGCUUUAGCCUGUAAGACCCAAGGAAUAUUUUCACACCGUGACUUCAGUGCAGAAUAUAAAGAAGAUGGCAAAUAUCAAAGGCUUGUAUACUGGAAAGGAGAUGCUCGCCUUGACAUCACUAGCCCAAGGUUCACUGAUGUCCAUCUGCACUACCAAACAGGUGAGGAGAGUCUCUCUUCCUCAGUAGCCUCUCCUGCCAUAGGCACUGUGGCCAUGGACUUUAAAGAAGAUAAAGAUACUUUUAAAUGGGACUUCUACUACCACCCUCAGUCCUCUCCAGAUAAAAAACUCAACAUAUUCAAAACUGAGUGGAGGUACCAGGAGUCUGAUGAUGAAAUUCAGAUCAAAGUUAACUGGGAAGAAGAAGCAGCUUCUGGACUGCUAAAUUCUCUCAAAAACAAUAUGCCCAAGGCCACUGGGGCUCUUUAUGACUAUGUCAACACAUACCACCAGGAGUAUACAGGAUUAAAUCUGAGAGAUGCAUCCUCGCGACUAAGAAGGGGCCUGCAGAACGGUGCUGACCAGGCCUAUCAAGGAGCCGUGAAGUGGAUUGAUGACGUGGACUUGGGGUUCCAGAGAACAGCCAGCAGCACCACUAGGACUUACCAGCAGUGGAAGGACAAAGCCCAGAAUCUGUACCUGGACUGUUUGCAGAGACUCGAGGAUAAGGUGUAUAACAUCUCAAUACGAGUAAUUCAAGAAUACCAGAGAACAGUCAAGCAUCUGAUUGACUCACUCAUUGAAUUCCUGAGGGUCACCAGAUUUCAGUUCCCAGGGAAAGCCGGGAUGUAUACUGGAGAUGAAAUCUGCACUAUGGUCAUAAGAGAAGUAGGAAAGAUACUGUUAGAGGUAAAUUCAAAAAUUCAAAGUGGAUUAGAAAUAAUGAUUUCCUAUCUCCAAGACCUAGAAGAGAAGUCUGGCUUUAUCAGAGACCUAAAGUUUAAAUAUCCUUUUAAUUCAAGAAGCUAUAAACUAAUUGAUAUAUUCCUGGGGGUUGGAGAACUGUUGAACUUUUUAUCACAAGAGGUGCAAAUGGCCUUUAACGAGUUUCAACCUAUUCAGAGUACAGAGAUGCUAACUUAUCUUCAGAGAUUUUUAGAAUACAUUUUCCAAAAUAUAGAAAAUAAAAUAAAACACUUAAAGGAGAUGAAAUUUACUUAUCUCAUUAAUGAUAUCCAACAUGAGUUCAGGGAAAUUUUCAACAAAUAUAUUCCAUAUAUUUUUACAUUCCUGAAAGAAAACCUAUAUCUUAACCUUGGUAAGCUUAAUGAACUUGUUCAAAACAAAUUUCAAGAAGCUUCUCAAGAACUACAGAAGCUCCACCAGUACAUAAAGGCUCUUCGGGAAGAAUAUUUUGAUCCAAGUGUGGUUGGCUGGACAGUGAAAUAUUAUGAACUUGAAGAAAAGGUAAUUAACCUGAUCAAGAGCCUAGUAGUCUUCCUCAAGGACUUACACUCAAAAUAUGCUGGCAAUGCUGCUGGUGUUGCUUCUGAACUGUCAAGUCGAGUGGAGCAAUUUGUGCUCAGAGAUAUCCAGGAAUAUCUUGCCAUCCUUAUUGAUGCAGAUGGAAAAGGAAAGGAGAAGAUUGCAGAACUUUCUGUCACUGCUCAGGAUAUAAUUAAUAGCUGGGCCACUACAAUGAAGGAAAUUAUUUCUGAUUACCACCAGCAUUUCAGACAUAAACCACAAGAUCUUUCUGACCAGCUUUCUGAUUACUAUGAAAAAUUCGUUGCUGAAUCCAAAAGAUUGAUUGACCUGUCCAUGCAAAAGUACCACAUGUUUCUGAGAUACAUCACCGAGUUACUGAAAAAGGUGAAAUCAGCCACAGCCACUGAGAUGAGCCCUUACAUCAAGGUUGCCCCAGGAGAACUUAUCAUUACUGUCUAA